UGCUGAAUGCAUUAGUCUAAUGAGAUGUUUGCAGCUGGAGAGCUGAGCUGCAGGAGACGUACAGUGUCGCCACUAAGAGACAGGGAGAAGAUGGCUUGCGCGAUAGUCCAUGUGCGUGUCCUGAAAGUCCUCUGUCCUCUGGGUCAACACUCUGGGUCCCGAUAAAGAAACUGAUCAGAGUUCUAAAAUAAAGUAAUAGAUAAUGAAGUUGAAGCUUGGAGAGUUGAAAUGAUUUACCCAGGGUCACACAACUAGAAAAGUGUAGAAGGCAGGAUUCAAGCCCAAGUCUUCCUGACACCAAGGCCAGUGCUCUAUUCCUUAUACCAGAUUGCCUCUCUAAAGCACCAACUCUGCAUAUAAAUAACCUGUCAUCACUGCUUACAAGACUGGUAAUGGCUGAAAUGCAGUCUCCAAGGAUAGCAGGGAGAAAACGAGGCAGACCUCCACUUCACUCGGCACCAAUGAAAAUGGCAGUCCACAACCUUUACUCUUCUUCUGCCUGUUCCUUACCAGUUGUGAAGAUCCCGAAGAAGAGAGGCCGGAAACCUGGGCACAAGCUGAAGUCUCGUGUUCUAAUGACUCCUUUAGCAAUCUCUCCUCCGAGGAGCACACCGGAGCCAGAUGUCAGCUCCAUCCCCCAGGAUGCAGCCACCAUACCCAGCUCCGCAGCAGCAGCUCAGGGGCUCACAGUUUGCAUUUAUGUCAACAAACAAGCCAACUUGGGGCCAUACCUGGAGAGGAAGAAGGUACAACAGCUCCCGGAGCACUUUGGGCCUGAGAGGCCCUCAGCAGUCUUGCAGCAAGCGGUUCAGGCAUUCAUUGAUUGUGCACUCCAGCAAAAGACAGUCUUCUCCCUGGUCAAGCAGGGAUAUGGUGGUGAGAUGAUGUCUGCCAAAACUGUCAUCUCGGAAGAUUACCUGGCGGACCCUGUGGGUAUGAAGCGCUACAGUAUGGACCCCUCCAAUUCAGCCUUCAAUUGCACAGGCUCUUCCUCUUCCUCCUCCUUGUACUCUGGGAGGCUGAGCUCUGGAGAAGGAUGCCUUGGGAGAGGCCUCACUACUUCCUCCUGCAGUCAUCGUUCUGGCCCCGUGUCCUCCAGUGGCCCCUCAACUGUUGGUCUAAGGCACCAGGCAUCCAGCUUCCUGAGGAAUGGCACUUAUUCAGAAGGAAACAAAAGUGCCUCAAGCCCUUCUCCAGAUGGACAAGAUGCAGCCCGACCUACCAGCAAGAAUCCCUCCACCUGGACUGUGGAAGAUGUAGUCUGGUUUGUGAAAGAUGCUGACCCUCAGGCCUUAGGACCUCAUGUGGAGCUUUUCAGAAAACAUGAAAUUGAUGGCAAUGCAUUGUUACUGCUAAAGAGUGACAUGGUGAUGAAAUACCUGGGCUUGAAACUAGGGCCAGCACUGAAACUUUGCUACCACAUCGAUAAACUCAAGCAGUCCAAGUUCUGAGAUUCUCUAGAACAUAGAAGCCAGAUGCUGACAUCAUGUACAAGGGUAGAUUUUAAGGUAAUUUGCUGCCUUACCAACGUACAACUCCAACCACAAAAUUAUUUUCUCCUUAAAAAAACGAAAACAAAAAACAAAGACUUUGGGUUUUUUUUUUACAUUUGUACAUCUUUUUUGUUAAAAAAAAUCGAGUAUAGCCUUUUAAAGAGGCUGCUUCGUGUUGACAAGUUCAAAAAAAAAAAGGUACAAAAAUCUUAACAAUUAUUUUAACAUUCCUAAUAUGAUUGUUGUUCUUAAAGUAGGCCUUAUUUUAGUAACCCCAAAGUGAGAACACUGCAUGUGAUAGCCCUCUGAGAUAUCUUGGGAGUUACAAAGACAAGAGACAACCUUGGCAGACUCUGGGAGGUGAGGUAUUAAUCCCUGGUUUAUUACAAAGUGUUGCCAUUCAUUCCAAACAGUGCCAAUAGCACUGCCCAGUGUUACGUACAAUACCUAGGACAUUUCCAGUACUGAUAGGCUUGGUUCAGCUCUCAGAGAUAUCUCCUGAGAAUGACUUCUUUGUCUUGCACUAUCUGGAAAACUUGAAUUCUUUGCUUUCCAAAAAAAAUAAAAAAGAGAGCAGAGAGGAGAGGAGAGGAAAGAAGAGAAGAGGGGAGAGGAGAGAAGAGAG